UUGUUUUAAUUUAAAAUUUCAGGGGGGAGAUAGGGAUAUAGGUUUGUGAGGGGCAGUCCGGUUCUGGAGGAGCUCGUCUUUGUCCCUGGUAGGAGAGACACCCCCAGUCUAUCCUCGAUGCCGUCAGCCUUGGCCAUCUUCACUUGCCGUCCGAACUCGCACCCGUUUCAGGAGCGUCAUGUCUACCUGGACGAGCCCAUCAAAAUUGGCCGCUCAGUGGCCCGCUGUCGACCAGCGCAGAAUAAUGCCACCUUUGAUUGCAAAGUGCUGUCAAGGAACCAUGCUCUCGUCUGGUUUGAUCACAAGACUGGCAAGUUUUAUCUCCAAGACACUAAAAGUAGUAAUGGUACCUUUAUAAAUAGCCAGCGAUUGAGUCGAGGCUCUGAAGAAAGUCCACCAUGUGAAAUUCUUUCUGGUGACAUUAUCCAGUUUGGGGUAGAUGUGACAGAGAAUACACGGAAAGCAGUUACCCAUGGGUGUAUUGUUUCCACAAUAAAACUUUUUCUACCAGAUGGUAUGGAAGCCCGGCUGCGCUCAGAUGUCAUCCAUGCUCCAUUACCAAGUCCUGUUGACAAAGUUGCUGCUAACACUCCAAGUAUGUACUCUCAGGAACUAUUCCAGCUUUCUCAGUAUCUACAGGAGGCCUUACAUCGGGAACAGAUGCUGGAACAGAAAUUAGCCACACUUCAGCGGCUACUAGCCAUCACCCAAGAGGCUUCAGAUACCAGUUGGCAGGCUUUAAUAGAUGAAGAUAGACUCUUAUCACGAUUAGAAGUUAUGGGAAACCAAUUACAGGCAUGCUCCAAAAAUCAAACAGAAGAUAGCUUACGGAAGGAACUUAUAGCAUUACAGGAGGAUAAACAUAACUAUGAGACAACAGCCAAAGAGUCCCUGAGGCGGGUUCUUCAGGAGAAAAUUGAAGUGGUUAGAAAACUUUCAGAAGUUGAGCGAAGUCUGAGUAAUACUGAAGAUGAAUGCACCCACCUGAAAGAAAUGAAUGAACGGACUCAGGAAGAACUAAGAGAAUUAGCCAAUAAAUAUAAUGGAGCAGUUAAUGAGAUUAAAGAUUUAUCUGAUAAGUUAAAGGUAGCAGAGGGAAAACAAGAGGAAAUCCAACAGAAGGGACAAGCUGAGAAAAAAGAAUUACAACAUAAAAUAGAUGAAAUGGAAGAAAAAGAACAGGAACUCCAGGCAAAAAUAGAAGCUUUGCAAGCUGAUAACGAUUUCACCAAUGAGAGGCUAACAGCUUUACAAGUACGGUUAGAACAUCUUCAGGAGAAAACUCUUAAAGAAUGCAGCAGCUUAGGGAUACAAGUUGAUGACUUCUUACCUAAAAUAAAUGGGAGCACAGAAAAAGAGCACUUGCUUUCAAAGAGUGGCGGGGACUGCACUUUUAUUCAUCAAUUCAUAGAAUGCCAGAAGAAGCUGAUCGUUGAGGGGCAUCUAACCAAAGUGGUAGAAGAAACAAAGCUUUCAAAAGAAAAUCAGGCAAGAGCAAAGGAAUCUGAUUUAUCAGAUACUCUGAGUCCCAGCAAGGAAAAAAGCAGUGACGACACUACAGACGCCCAAAUGGAUGACCAAGACCUAAAUGAACCUCUUGCUAAAGUGUCCCUAUUAAAAGAUGACUUGGAGGGUGCACAGUCAGAAAUUGAGGCAAAACAAGAAAUUCAGCAUCUCCGCAAGGAAUUGAUCGAAGCCCAGGAGCUAGCUAGAGCAAGUAAACAAAAGUGCUUUGAACUUCAAGCUCUUUUGGAAGAAGAAAGAAAAGCCUAUCGAAAUCAAGUUGAGGAGUCCACUAAACAAAUACAGGUUCUUCAAGCCCAACUGCAGAGGUUACACAUCGAUAUUGAGAGUCUCCGGGAGGAGAAGGACAGUGAAAUCACAGGCACUAGAGAUGAACUGCUUAGUGCCCGAGAUGAAAUUUUGCUCCUUCAUCAAGCAGCAGAAAAGACUGCCUCUGAGCGGGACACUGACAUUGCUUCUUUACAAGAAGAGCUUAAGAAGGUGCGAGCUGAGCUUGAGCAGUGGAGGAAAGCAGCAUCCGAAUAUGAGAAGGAAAUUACAAGUCUGCAAAACAGUUUCCAGCUUCGAUGUCAACAGUGUGAGGACCAGCAGAGAGAAGAAGCAACAAGAUUGCGAGGUGAACUAGAGAAAUUGAGAAAGGAGUGGAAUGUAUUGGAAACUGAAUGCCAUUCUCUAAAAAAGGAAAAUGUUUUGCUAUCAUCAGAACUGCAACGGCAAGAGAAGGAAUUACACAAUUCUCAGAAGCAGAGUUUAGAGCUUACCAGUGAUCUCAGCAUCCUUCAGAUGACUAGGAAAGAGCUUGAGAAUCAAAUGGGAUCCUUGAAAGAACAGCAUCUUCGGGACUCAGCUGAUUUAAAAACUCUUCUCAGUAAGGCUGAAAACCAAGCAAAGGAUGUACAGAAAGAGUAUGAAAAGACACAGACUGUACUCACAGAACUGAAGUUGAAGUUUGAAAUGACUGAGCAGGAAAAGCAAUCAAUCACAGAUGAGCUCAAACAAUGUAAAGACAACCUGAAGCUGCUUGGAGAGAAAGGAAAUAAUAAACCCUGGCCCUGGAUGCCCAUGUUGGCUGCCCUGGUUGCGGUGACAGCCAUUGUGCUGUAUGUGCCAGGUCUGGCCAGAGCUUCUCCAUGAGAGUGUUCCUUGAGUCUGUGCACCGUCCUCCCUCUAGAAGCUGGCAUCACACGCAUGCUGGGGACAAACAGAACCAUUUUCUUCCUUUUUACCUCUUAAAACAGCAGAAGUACAAGAAUACAGCUGUAGGAUCAUUGCUUUAAACAAUAUAAAAUGUAUCUGUCUAUAAAGAGGAUAUAAAAUUGUGACUUUAUUCUACUGUAAGCAAUAAUUUGCUUGCAAUUUUUCAUGCAAUUUUUAAAUUAGUAUGUUGAGAUUCUGAAUAUUAUGGUGGCCUAAAGUAGGCUUCUUGGUAUACCAAAUUAUUUAUAACAUUAAAUUUAUGAGUCUUUUACUCUGAAUUCUGAUGGCCAGAUAAUUCAUUUUUCUGAUUCGAUAACUACCCAAACCAAACAACCAACACAUACAUGGGAAGAGAGGCCCUGUGUGCUCAGUGCCUAUCAGUUUGAAAUAUAUACACAUAUAUAUAUAUUUUUUUUACAUAUUUACGCCAUUUUUACUUGUUAUAAAAACACUGAGCUAUUGGGAACAAGACUUACAGACAACUAUUUGCGUGAAUUUUUUUUUAAGGAAAAAUACAUUUGGAAAAUACUCUGUUAUUGUGAUAAUUUGGGGAAUAUAUGCACGCUUGUUCAGCCUUAAUGUGACUUGAAGAUGUGGAGGACAUCAACUUUGAAAAACUUUCCAUGAGAGUGUGUAUUUUCUUGAGCAAACUGAAGUAUUUCUGGGAGCAAAAGCAUAGUAAUUAUACAGUUUCAGUGCAGUCAACCAAACUGUUGAGUCAAUUGGAAUGUAAUUUAUUAAACCUCAUGUAUUUAAAGAGAUAUUUUCUUUAAAAGCCAAGUUACUUUCUCAUAUACAGCAUUUUAGGAAGCAUGAUUUUUUUUUCUAUCAUCUGUUCCUCCAAGCAUGUUUAAUUGAAGAAAGAAUUAAUAUCUCUUUAGAUAAGCUUUUAUUGACUUAAUUUGGUUAUGACGUGUCUGGGCUAAUUCAUGUUCAAGCUGGGCUGUUGUUACCUACCAACAGAUUUCCAGGUUGGGUAUACAAAUGGUUAUUUUCUUUUUAUGGUUGUUAAUUGGGACUUUCUGUUAAUGAGAAGCACUAUUCCUGAGAUUAAUGGUAUUCUAUGCACAAUGAAGCACCUAAACACUGCUUGAUGUUAUAAAUUUAAAACACAGAAGCGAAAGUUUAGCUAUGGUUUUGUGCAGCAUCAUAGUUACGUCAAUAAAGUUUACUUAGGUCAUAGAAUAUCCUAAAGUAUCACAUAGUUAAAUUUUUCAGUCAGUGAAGACUGAGUGGGAAUGUCAGUGAAUUGGUUUGAAUGUACUGUGGCAAUCCACAGGUCUAGCCAAAUAUUGAAAUAGGAGUUUAGGAUUUAAUUUGCCAUGUGAUGUUUGGCAUUCACUGUUUAUACUUUAAACUAAGGUUAUAUUUUAAGCUAUUUGGGAUUGCUGUUGGGAGGAUCACUAGAUUUGUGGAGGAAUUAGUCACAAAUGACCUUAGAAAAUACUGUCAUAUAGUUCAUUUCAUCAUUUUCUGUUGCAGGAAGCCACUCCACCACAGAAUGCUAAUAUGCCAGUGGUACCUAGUACCUCUUGUAUAUAGGUUAUUGCAAAUAUUGUUCUGAAAUGCUUAACUUCAGAAUUACAUUUUUUAAAGUAAAUAAUUGUUUUAAAUCUAUUUUGUAAAGAUAUAAAGUACAAUAGAAUUUCUGGAGUACAAAUUAAACUAUUUGCACUAACACACGUGAUGUGCAUGAUUUAAUAAAAUAACUUUACUCUCCCUACACACGUUUGAGUUGGGUAUUAUUGAGAUUCUUAGUGCUGACUCUACUGUUGGGUUGUUAAUAGUCUUUUCUUGAAAUGACUCUUUAUGCAACAAACAUUUGGUGUUCUUCAGAGUUAAAUGAAAGCACUCAGCUAUUUCCUCCAAGUUUUAUUAGCCUAUAAUUUAACUUACUAUUCUAUUUUUUUCCCUUUUAAUUUGGCUAUUAUCAAAGUGUAACUCACUUACCAGACCAGUCUCUUUAAAUGUAAGGUCUAGUAUCAAUAUUUACUUUAUUCAAAUUGAAUAAAUGUUUUUUGUAGUUAUUUCCAGUUAUUCUCAAGAACAUAAAUGAGCCUAUUUAUAAGCAAUACUUCCAGGUUUGUUAACUUCCAGGUUAAAGAAAGAAUAGAAUUAUUCACUGGUAGGGAUAGCAUUAUUAAGAAAUUUUAAGCAAAGCAGUUCAGAAUUGAAAAACCUUGUAAUGAUACAUUUAAGAAUUAUUCGAAGGUGCUACAUGGCAAGGUCAGAAAAUGAAAAGAACAUGGUGUUUGAAGCCAAACAGAUUUGUAUUGACAUCGUGGUUCUGCCUUUGAUCAGCUGUAUUACCUUAGGCAAAUGACUUAUUUUUCUUUGAGUCUCCAUUUCCUCAUCUACAAAACGAGGAGAGUAAUACUGAUAUUUGUGGUAGCAUUGUGAAAAUUGAAAAGAUAAUGUAUGUGAAGUACCACUUAAGUGGUAAAUAAGUGUUUAUGAGAAUGUCAUACUGAAAAAAAUUUGCAAAUAUUAAAGUUUUAGGUGAACCAGUA